CCACUAUGAGCCCCCCCCAGUCCACUGUGAGCUGAGUGGACCUGACGUCACACCGCUGCUGGCUGCUGGUGAUCGGUGACACAUCGCCUCCCUCGCCUCUCUACUCGUUGCUCUCGCCAUUGUGUGGAGGAGGUCUCCGCGUGUCUCUGGUCCGCGAUCAGAGACGGGAGUGUAGGGAACAACUGGAAGCAGCAGCGUCGUCGAUGUCCGUCCGCACCGCCUCGUCUGAACCCUUUCACCAACACCCAUGCAGGAUUUGAAAACCCUCAGACCGAACUACAUGUGAUCCAUGUGGGGCCCGGGCGUGAAGAGGAAACUGGAGCAGGACCAGGAUGGUGAGGAGGAGGACGGGGGAGGGGAGCGGCCGCCCCCCCCAAGGGUGCCUGGCUUCUCCUCACGGGCGUCCUAUGCGCUGCAACGGCAGAUGGUGCUCAACAUCUCCCUGGUGAAGCUAUACCGCCCGCCGGCGGGCCGGGCCGACCCGGGCCUGCAGCGCCGCAUCCUCAUCAGCAACGUCAUCCGCCGUAUCCACGAUGAUCUGCGGCGCGAGGGGGGCGUCCGGGCGCUCUUCCUGGCCGCGCCGCCACCGGGCAUCGCCGAGCUCGACGAGGAGAAAGACGGGUGCUACCUUGGACCGCCUCCUCCUCCCCCCGCCUCGCAGGCCUCCUCCUUUGGGCCCACAGGGCCGGAGACCUGCUUGACGCCCGCCUCGCUCCUGGAAGAGGACCCGCCCCCUUUCUUCACCCUGCCGCCCUCUCCGUCCUUCUCUUCCUCCUCCUCCCCUCACCCGCUCCCCCCCCAGUCCCCCCCCCAGCACCUCCACCCGUCCCAGCCGGUGGACUUCUCCUCUGCUCCGCCCUCGCCGCCGCCUGAAGACAGCUUCUCCUCAGCCCUGGAGGAGAUCGAGGAGCUGGACUCCUCCUCUUCCUCCUCAGACUCUAGUGCCCCUCCUCCACUCGUUCCCCUGCCCACCUCCAGCCCCCCUGGGGAACCGCUGGCAGGGGCCCCGGGCCCCGGAUGGGACAGGGACAUGGAGGUGGAGGCGGAAAGACGGGAGGAGAUGGAGGAGGAGGAGCAAGAGGAGGAGGAGGAGGAGGAGGAAAGGGAACUGAUGGAAUACCGCCCAACCUCCCCACCCCGCUCCACCGCUCUCGCCCGGCGCCCGGUGGUCCCGUCGGGGGGCUUCCUGACAGACUUCGCCAUGGACGAUGUGCUCUUCACGGACAUCGACACCUCCAUGUACGACCUGGGGCCCUGUGGCCCCCAGGCUGCCGGGGCAGGCCCCGGGGCUGGCGCGGGGCCGACCAAGGUGGCGGCCGACGACAUGUUGGUAAGAGCCAUCUCGGGCUACGGUGGCGGGGCCGGGGGCCACCAGGGCCAGCCCUUCAGGAUGGACCUUGCCGAGCUGGACCACAUCAUGGAGGUCCUGGUGGGCUCCUGAGGGCCCGAGCUGGAUCACAUCAUGGAGGUCCUGGUGGGCUCAUGAGGGCCAGAGCUGGACCACAUCAUUGAGGGUCUGAGCUGGACCACGUCAUGGAGGGUCUGAGCUGGACUACGUCAUGGAGGGGCCGGUGGGUUCCUGAGGGCCUGGGGUUUUCUUGAGGGCCUUUGGGUGCCUGAGGGCCAUUGUACUCCUGAGGGCCGGUUGGUUCCUGAGGGCUCGCUGGUCUCCAUAGGGCCGGUGGGUUCCUGAGGGCCCGUUGGUCUCCUUAGGGCCUGCUGGUCUCCAGAAGGCCGGUUGGUUCUGGAGGGCCUGCUGGUCUGCAGAGGGCCGGUUGGUUCCAGAGGGCCCCGUGGUCUCCAGAGGAGUGGUGGGUUACUGAGGGCCGGUGGGUUCCUGAGGGCCUGGUGGGCCCCUGAAGGCCUGGUGGGUUCCCUGAAGGCCAGUGGGUUCCUGAGGGCCGGUGGGUUCCUGAGGGCCUGGUGGGCCCCUGAAGGCCUGGUGGGUUCCCUGAAGGCCAGUGGGUUCCUGAGGGCCGGUGGGUUCCUGAGGGCCUGGUGGGUUCCUGAGGGCCGGUGGGUUCCUGAGGGCCGGUGGGUUCAUGGGGGCCGGUGGGCUCCUGAGAGCCAGUGGGUUCCUGAGGGCCGGUGGGUUCAUGGGGGCCGGUGGGCUCCUGAGAGCCAGUGGGUUCCUGAGGGCCGGUGGUCUUCUGAGGGCCGGUGGGUUCAUCGGGGCCGUCGGGCUCCUGAGAGCCGGUGGGUUCCUGAGGGCCGGUGGUCUCCUGGGAGCUGGUGGUUUCAUGGGGGCCUGGAGGGUUCCUGAGAGGCCCCUGUCGGCCCGGUGGGUUUUUGAAGAAAAGCGCUGAAGGUGUUCUCAAUGUUGGGAAGAUGUUUUUUUUUACAACCUGAAUGAGUUGAGAGAUUGUGUUGCACACUAAUAGAUUAUAUUAGAAUCCAUCUUACUGGGAGUCUGUCAACAUGCGUUUAUCUACUGGAAAUGUAUGCUAAACAAGCCACACAGAAACUUAUCUGAGUCAACAGGUAGAGCUUGUGAGGGAGGUGCAGUCUAAAGCAACAACAGAGCACUGAGUGACUCAUCUACAUCACUUUGGAAAUGCUCCUAGUUUGACCACAAAGGCUAUCAUCAUGACAGCAUCAAGAUGAGACCGUGGUCUGUUUUCGUCCACUAGAUAGCGGCAAACUGACAUGAGUGCUGGUGUAGUCUAGAGUUCCUCCUUGGGGGGGAAAACUCAGUUUUUCAAUAUUUCACGAGCAGCUUAAUCGACACAAGCAAAUGAAACCAUCAACAUGCUAAUGUAGCUCUAGCAGACCCAAGUAUUUCAAACAUGUCAGUUGCCUCUCUUCUCAUACUUUCUUUAUAAGCUUUAUGACAUGCAAAGUCUUAGGAGAUAGUCGAGCCUUUUAAGUGAAGUUGCUCGAGACUAGUGUCCUGUUGCUAGUACAAUGCCAGCUUUUACAACUUUUGACUUUUCAAAGCUUUUUACACCACUGGAAAUAGAUUACUGUGUAAUUUGUGUGUUCUUAACAAUGCAUAACACUCGGUUAAUACCCAGGUUAUAGAAUGGAAUAAGGCCAUAUAAUUGUUGGUCAUUCUUUUCUGUGGCUAUUUCAGAAUUAUAUGAUUACAACCUUUUGUACAGACUGCUUGCAUAAAGAGGGAUUGUCAAGAGGAUUUCUAAUGAAAAGAGUGCCUUUAUUGGAGGUAUUGCCAGUCUUUACCAAAUGUUUAUUUUGCCAAUGUUCUUUAGCGACAAUAAAAAAAAAUGAAGAGUUAUAUCCUAUAAACUAUUAUAUUAUCGUAUUAUUAUAUUUGAUAUGUCGUUUCUUUGGUACAAAAAGUUAGUCAAAAUGUUUCUUUUUAAUAUAUAUAUUUGAAAUGUGUUAAUGUAGCCGCCCCUUGUGUAUGUUGUUAAACUAUUGAUACUAGUUGCAUUUUGUCUAAAAAUGGACCAUCAUUUGUUUUAGUUUUUCAAAGUCUGAAAUGUUCCGAGGAUGCCCUGUUUCACAAAUACUUAAAAAAGUUUGGAGAUUUACCAACUAAUGGAGGAGUUGUAUUUCAUGGUGAAAUAAAUUGCUUCAAGUUUGA